AUAAUCAAAACAAUUGAAUAAUAAACAGGAGAACAAUAAUAAUAAGAAUCAUGGCGAGGCCAAGAAAACAAGCUUCCCCAAAAAGGCGAGGAGAAACAUUCAUCACCCCGCACAAAAACCGCCCGCAAGAGGUAGCAGCCAAUUUCUUGCUUUAUAAGCCGCACCACCAAAACGGCAAGCCCGCAGAUACAUACCGAAUUAGUGGGAACAAGAGAUCCAGAUUUAUCAGCGAUUCCCCGUCCCUAUCCGUCCAUCUUUAUACCGUUGUAAACAAAUAUUGGAGAUUUGUCUUGCGCCAUUCGUCGCUUUAUCAUCGUCAUCCUCAUACAUCAUAUAUAUAAUCCGCACACUACUCCUAUUCACUCUACCUCAACUAUACCAUUGCCCUCUCUCUCCUCACUCGCCCCUCCCUCACUCAUCCAACAUAUAUAUACACAUCUCAUCUCAUAUAUACCCUCACUCAACACUCACUAACAAACAAAAAAAAUAUAAUGGCCCCUCCCCCCUUCUUCGCAGUCAUCUCCGGCGUAGGCUCCGGCACAGGCGCCGCCCUCGCCCGCCGCUUCGCCAAGUCCUACGCCGUCGUCCUCCUCUCCCGCAAGCCCUCCAGCUACGAGCCCAUCGUCGCCGAUAUCAAGGCCAGCGGCGGCACCGCCAUUGGCAUCACCGCCGACGCCACCGACCCGGCCGCCACCGACGCCGCCUUCGCCCAAAUCGCAAAGGAGCUGCCCGGAUCGAAGCUCGCCGCGGCCGUGUACAACGGCGGCAGCGGAAUGGCCCGGAAGCCGUUUUUGGAGCUGACGCUGGAGAAUCUGGAUGUUAGCCUUCAGGGCGCUGCCAAGGGCCUCUUCAUCUUUGCUCAAAAGACGCUCCCUCUCCUCCUUGAGUCUGUCGACUCUUCUCCUAACCCCCCUUCUCUCCUCGUCACUGGCGCUACCGCCUCUGUCCGCGGUUCUGCCUUCUUCGGCACAUUUGCCGCUGGUAAAUUUGCCCAGCGUGCCCUCACCCAGUCUCUGGCGCGCGAGUAUGGUCCCAAGGGCGUGCAUGUGGCCCUGGCUGUCAUUGAUGGCGGCAUCGAUACACCCUGGGGCAAGGGUGUAGUUUUCAACAACGGUGUGGAGGAUGGCAAGAUCAGCCCUGAUGCCAUUGCCGAGAGUUACUGGCACCUACACUCACAGCACAGAUCUGCCUUCACUCAGGAGCUGGAUAUCCGCCCAUAUGUGGAAAAGUUUUAAAGACAUUAUAGCGUUCGUGAUAUAACUUAAUAAUACAAGUAAAAUUGAAACAGU